AUAAUAAUGACUGUUACACGCUGUGAAUACAGUUACAACACUUGCAAAAUGCCACGGAAUUUUAAAUAAAAUAGACGAGAAAACGUUUGAUAAUUCUGCAUGGGGCGGGAACAGAAUUUUUAGAGGAUACAUUAGCACUUGUCAGUACCUUAAAAUUACUUUUCACUAUCACUUUCUAAAAGUGUUUAUCGCCUCGGCUUCCAAGUUUCCAUUCUUACUAUCAGCACCAGGGACUUUGGGCUAUCAACACGUUCUGAGACUUUAGAAUUGUGCUAGAGACUUAAGACUAUCAUCACGGUGUACGGCGGCUUAUCUUGACGCCGGGUUUCCAUCAAUCGACACAUGGAUGUAGGUUCCAACCUCUCAAUGCGUGCCAAUGCUUUCAGUAUCAGCAGUCUGAUGUCCGGACCGCUGAGUGACUUAGGGCUUCAGGGUUUCGGAUAUCCCUUUGUGCCCCAACAGAGAAGCACGGAUUGUCAAUUUGACUGGGGACAAAAUGGUCCCUAUGGAAACGGAAUGAAAACAAUGGAAGCUUGCCUCAUGAAUGCUGGCACCGGACGUCCUUUGUACGACCCGGUGCGGCCCGAUCAACAGUUACCGGAAGCGGUUCCAAGGAAUAAUUUAACGGACUCCUUAUUAGAGAGCGGAAAGAGCACGGAUAUUAACCAAAAUAACUCAAAAUCACCGGAAUGUUCAAUGUGUGACAGUGACGGACAAGAUGAAAAUAGACCUUUAAAUUCAAAAUUAGCAAGUGUGUCAUGCCAGCUUGAAAUGAAAUCUUUGUGGGACGAAUUUGAUGAACUUGGUACAGAAAUGAUCGUUACAAAGGCAGGGAGGCGGAUGUUCCCGACAUUUCAAGUGCGACUUUACGGCUUGGACUGCAAUGCAGAUUAUAUGGUCAUGAUGGACUUUGUGCCGUGUGACGACAAAAGAUACAGAUAUUCUUUCCAUAGUUCAAGUUGGGUGGUAGCGGGCAAGGCCGACCCCUAUAUGCCCGGUAGGAUUCAUGUACAUCCCGACUCCCCAGCUAAAGGAUCACAAUGGACAAAACAGAUAGUCUCCUUUGAUAAAUUAAAACUUACCAAUAACCUGAUGGAUGAUAAUGGACAUAUAAUAUUGAAUUCCAUGCACAAGUUCCAGCCCCGAUUCCAUGUUGUUUAUGUAUAUCCAAAGGCGGAAGAUUGCUCAAAAUCACAGAAUUACAGAACAUUUCUAUUUCCGGAAACUAAAUUCAUGGCGGUGACGGCUUACCAAAAUCACAGAAUAACACAGUUGAAGAUAGCAAGUAAUCCUUUCGCUAAAGGUUUUAGAGAUGUUGAUCCUAACGACUGUAUGGUAGAUGUUUUGUCCCAGAUGUCGCCACAUGGCCAGCAGCGGAAUCAUAGCCGACCUAGUUCCCUGCAGAUGAUGGGAACUAGCAGAAAGGGAUCUCCAACUUCCAAAUCUUCAGAUGAGGGCAAGGACGGUCAGCAAACUGACGUUAUGGCAGCAUCAAGUUUCGCGCCAAAUUUUAAUCCCAGCAUGCGUCUUACUACUUCCUAUCCCACAGCAGAGACAUUUGCAUACGCCCAGUAUGCGCAUGACACGUAUCUAAUGGCAGCUAAAUCCCGACCUUCACCUUAUAGUCGGUCGAUGGACUACGCAUAUAGACCACCAAAUAUUAAAAUGUCAUACGGACAAAGUGCACCAUCCAGUUUUGGAUAUAAUUAUGACACCAGGUGAUUUUGUCCGUCAGUUCUGUGGAGUUAAAGGUCGCGUUGGUGUUGUUACUCAUUAUUGUGAAGACUGGCAUGGGUGUCAAAGGCCAAAGCGUCUUUGAUGAGGAUUAAACAUGUUUCAGUGAUUUUUUUUGGUGCUUUUUAGAGACAGUGCACGAUUUGUGAAGCUUAAAAGACACUACUGACAAUUGGAAAAGGAAUACAACACAUUUUCUUCAUCUGGAAUGUACAACAUUUGAACAUAAGUGGAACAUGUUAUUUCAUGAGUAUUUGUCUGAAGAAGUUAGUGCCUUUCUUCUAUAUUUAUAGAAUCAUGUUUGUAAAAUGAGGUAUAUUUUUGAAUUGAGAUGAUCUCUUUCAUGUGUAUUAUAAACAAUUUUAUUUUAUUAGUGUGUUAUCAGUAAUUUCAAAAUAUGAUCUAUUGAUUCCAUAAUUAUCAUGUUAUACGUUUGUAGUCCACUUGACCUUUGGAAUUGUUAAAUUGCAAUUUUUUCUUUUUUCACAAUUAGAAUUCUUGGUCACAUUUUCAAAACCAUUUGGUUGGAAGAUUUUGAUAGGAAAAAAAAUUAUACAAAUGUAUAUGAUCAAAGAGCUAUAAAAAUAAAUGUAUUUUAUACUUCUUUGAUAUGAUGUAAGAUUUUUGACUGACUGAAUUUUGAUGUUUUAUUGUCUACAAUAGAUAUACAUAUACAACUUAAAAAGAUAAAGCAAAGUUGUUUCGUGACUCUCUUGAGCUGGGUUCAAAGUUAACCCUUACCCUGCUAAAUUUCUAAAACGGACUGGUCCGUCAUUCAAUUUGGGCAAUACUAUUUAUUAUUCGAAGGGGAGUUUACUGAAAAUUUACUGACUGAAUAGCGAACAGUGCAGACCAUGAUCAGUCUGCACGGAUGUGCAGGCUGAUCUUGGUCUGCACUGGUCGCAAAGGCAGAAUCACUUGCCGCCAGCAGGCUAGGGGUUAAGAUAUUUCUUGCUCGCAAUAUACAGUGAAAAACAGUAUAAACGUAGCUUCCAUUUAUGGCAAAUAAUGUGUACUACCACUAAAGACAUGGAAGAUGUUUUAACAACAGACUGUUAAGGUAGUUCUGCACGUUUGGAUCAAAACUUUUUCUACAAUGUAGAAUUUUUUUUAAACUCUGAUUUUUCAAAACUUCAGAAUAUAUCUAAAUAAUUCAGCAAAUAAAAAGGAUAGGGUCGUGUGCUUGAUUUUUUGCUUGACUGAUUUGAAAAAUUUCGACCUCACGCAAUUUUUCAUAAUAGGAGUCUAUGGGAAAAUCAUAACUUUCAAAUAAUUUGCGCGAAUAGAAUUUUUUCUAUAAUGUAGAUUUUGAUGAAACUUCUCACAGUUGUAAAUAAACAUGUGGCCUAUAAUAUGGUGAAAUAAAAUGUAUAGGUCCUUGUGCUUAUUUUAAGAUAUUUGGAGAUGAUUAAAGUGAACCGAAUAUUUCACACUAAUUUUAAGACAUUAUUUGAAAUAUUUAACGUGUCAUAUGUUUUAAUAACAUAUUUUGACUUUAAAAAUAUAGUAACAGAGCCAUUGUAAUAAAUUUACUCACAAGUUGUCAUUAAUUCAUAAAAUGAUUUUCAUUUCCGUAAGCCGAAUCCAGGCUUUAUUCUACGUUUUCCGGAUAAAUGACGUUACGCCAUCACUUCCGGCUUAUCAAACGUGCAGAACCACCUUAACCACAUGGCGAUUAAUUUAUAUAUUUAGUAAAGUUAGGAUUUUCAACAUUAGAAACUGAAUAUAUAAAGAUGAAGUAUCUAGUAAAAGAUGUGUGUUGAAUAUCGUUAAGCAAAAUAUGCAGAAAUGCGCCAUUUUACAUUGCCAAAAUUAAUGAUUCAGCUUUAUUCGCACUUCGAUUUUAUUUACGGAAUAUACAGAUGAUGCACGACAAUUUCAUUAUUAUUUCUGAGCUUGAAAUUUUCAUUAAAACAGCUGUGUACAAAAUAUUUCUUGGUUUGUAUGGUACUUUCAAAUGUAUAAAAUGAUAUACGGUUUAGUUUGGUACCUUGUAGGUGUGAUCAGGCGUGUACAUGUUCCUCCAAAAUGAAGAUUGGAUCGUUCAACAUUUUGAAAGAAGUGGCCUUUCAGUUCGCAUUGUUAUUGUUAGUACAUGGUUUGGAUGGGCGAUUCAAUUUAUUUUGUUGUUUACUGUCAAUAUUGUGUUCAAAGUAAAUUAUGUGUUUUAUAAAAAAAUAAAUUAUUUUUUCUCUGCAGGACGACUUAUUUUUUUUUUUUUCAAAUGUGAUUGGUUGUCUAAACUUGUGUUUGACAGAGUGGAAGUCCUGUUUGUUCAUGACCAUACUAUUAAGGGAAACUAGACCCGUAUUAUCAGCGUUUUAAAUUUAGACUAAGGCUAGUCAUAUGACAAAACUUUACGUGAUUUUCUCUUCUGCAACGGCAGAGUUCCAACAUUU